CAGACAGGCUGAGGGGGACAUGGCACAAUAAAAGUCCUCAGCAGCAUGAACAGUGGGAUGUCAAUUUGUCUUCGGGGCUGUAGCACCUGCUCCUAAUUGGUGCAAAGCAUUCAGCAGCCUCCUCGUGCCCAACUGUCUCCUGUAUAAGCAGGAGGAGCAGGAGAGCUAAUUGCUUUUCAGCCAGCUGAUCUACGUGUUGAGCUAAUAGCCACAGACAGAGGGCCAGCGGAUCCCGCUAGCAGCUUGGGGUUAGUUUCUCCUGGUACCUGAGGCAGCUGGCAAGCACCUCCGAACAUGGAGGGGCCGGAUAGGAUGCCUCCUCUGUUAGUACGUUAAGGGAUUCUGUUUUAGCCAUCUCCAGUAAUUUUCUUUUUAUGUGUGUGGUGAAACGAAAGUGGAUAAUAAUGCUUCAUCAGAAACAAGAGCUUUAACUUGUGAAUGAAUCAAUCUUCAGACGAAAGUGAGCGAGCGAGCGCUGGUGGAUGGUAAAGAGAUGUACAGAAGCGAUCUUGGCACAGGGAUUUACUGCAUGGGUUCGCAUCGACUAAAGAUGAAACUUUAAAGAUCAGCCUUGAGUGAAAUUUGACAGAAGAUGUUCCCACAUUUUGCUCUCUGGAAGUGUUUACCCCAUUGGAUCCUCAUUGCUUCUCUCUUGGUAGUCUGCUGGAGCCAGUAUGAUGAUGAUUGCAAACUAGCUAGGGGAGGACCACCAGCUACCAUAGUUGCCAUUGAUGAAGAGAGUCGGAACGGUACAAUUCUGGUGGACAACAUGUUGAUUAAGGGGACUGCCGGAGGACCAGACCCCACCAUAGAACUCUCUUUAAAGGACAACGUGGACUACUGGGUGUUGCUGGACCCUGUUAAGCAGAUGCUUUUCCUGAACAGUACCGGAAGAGUUCUGGAUAGAGACCCACCAAUGAACAUACACUCCAUCGUAGUGCAAGUCCAGUGUGUCAACAAGAAGGUUGGCACAGUUAUUUAUCAUGAAGUACGCAUCGUGGUGCGGGACCGGAAUGACAACUCACCCACAUUCAAACACGAGAGCUACUAUGCCACCGUGAAUGAGCUCACUCCGGUUGGCACCACAAUAUUCACAGGGUUUUCAGGAGACAACGGAGCUACAGACAUAGAUGAUGGCCCUAACGGACAGAUAGAAUACGUCAUUCAGUACAACCCAGAAGAUCCGACAUCCAACGACACCUUUGAAAUUCCACUCAUGUUGACUGGCAAUGUGGUGCUGAGGAAAAGACUCAACUAUGAGGAUAAGACUCGCUACUACGUCAUCAUUCAAGCAAACGACCGUGCACAAAAUCUGAACGAGAGACGAACAACCACCACCACCCUCACAGUUGAUGUUCUAGAUGGAGAUGACCUGGGACCUAUGUUUCUGCCCUGCGUCCUUGUGCCAAACACCCGUGACUGCCGUCCACUCACCUACCAAGCUGCCAUUCCUGAGCUAAGGACUCCGGAAGAACUGAACCCUAUUUUGGUGACCCCACCCAUCCAAGCCAUUGAUCAGGACCGAAACAUCCAACCGCCAUCUGAUCGACCGGGCAUCCUCUACUCCAUCCUUGUCGGCACCCCUGAGGAUUACCCACGCUUCUUCCACAUGCACCCCAGGACUGCAGAACUCACUCUCCUGGAGCCAGUAAACAGAGACUUCCAUCAAAAAUUUGAUUUGGUUAUCAAGGCUGAGCAGGACAAUGGCCACCCGCUGCCUGCCUUUGCUAGUCUACACAUCGAAAUACUGGACGAAAACAAUCAGAGUCCAUACUUCACAAUGCCCAGCUAUCAAGGAUACAUCCUGGAAUCCGCCCCAGUGGGAGCCACCAUUUCUGAGAGCCUAAACUUAACCACUCCUCUGAGAAUUGUAGCGUUGGACAAAGACAUAGAAGACACAAAAGAUCCAGAGCUCCACCUUUUCCUGAAUGAUUACACCUCAGUCUUCACUGUGACACCCACCGGGAUCACCCGCUACCUCACCCUGCUUCAACCUGUGGACAGAGAGGAACAGCAAACCUAUACCUUUCUGAUAACAGCGUUUGAUGGCGUGCAGGAAAGUGAACCAGUUGUGGUCAAUAUCCGAGUGAUGGAUGCAAAUGAUAACACACCAACCUUCCCUGAAAUCUCCUAUGAUGUCUAUGUUUACACAGACAUGAGUCCUGGGGACAGUGUCAUUCAGCUGACGGCGGUAGACGCUGAUGAAGGCUCUAAUGGGGAGAUCUCCUACGAAAUACUGGUGGGGGGCAAGGGAGACUUCGUGAUCAACAGGACCACGGGUCUGGUGAGCAUUGCACCCGGAGUGGAGCUGAUCGUGGGACAGACGUAUGCGCUCACAGUGCAGGCCUCGGACAAUGCCCCACCUGCUGAGAGAAGGCACUCCAUCUGCACCGUGUACAUCGAGGUGCUACCUCCCAACAACCAGAGCCCUCCCCGCUUCCCACAGCUGAUGUACAGUUUGGAAGUCAGCGAAGCCAUGAGGAUUGGUGCUGUUUUAUUAAAUCUACAGGCAACUGAUCGAGAGGGAGACCCAAUUACGUAUGCCAUCGAGAACGGAGACCCUCAACGAGUUUUUAAUCUUUCGGAAACCACAGGGAUUCUCAGCCUAGGGAAGGCUCUAGACCGCGAGAGCACAGACCGUUACAUCCUCAUCGUCACAGCCUCAGAUGGCAGGCCCGAUGGAACCUCAACUGCCACUGUGAACAUAGUAGUCACAGACGUCAAUGACAACGCUCCUGUGUUCGAUCCCUAUCUGCCCAGGAACCUCUCUGUGGUGGAGGAAGAGGCCAAUGCCUUUGUGGGUCAAGUCCGGGCCACAGACCCGGAUGCUGGGAUAAACGGCCAAGUGCACUACAGCCUGGGGAACUUCAACAACCUCUUCCGCAUCACAUCCAAUGGGAGCAUUUACACAGCUGUGAAGCUGAACAGGGAAGCCAGGGACCACUACGAACUGGUCGUUGUGGCAACAGACGGAGCAGUACACCCUCGGCAUUCGACUCUGACACUGUACAUCAAGGUGUUGGACAUUGAUGAUAACAGUCCUGUUUUUACCAAUUCAACGUACAUGGUUGUUGUUGAAGAGAAUCUGCCAGCCGGGACCUCCUUUCUUCAAAUAGAGGCCAAGGACGUUGAUCUUGGAGCCAAUGUGUCAUAUCGGAUCAGAAGCCCAGAAGUGAAGCACCUUUUUGCACUGCAUCCAUUUACUGGGGAGUUGUCUCUUCUGAGGAGUUUGGAUUAUGAGGCCUUUCCGGACCAGGAGGCAAGCAUCACAUUCUUGGUGGAGGCCUUUGAUAUUUAUGGGACGAUGCCACCUGGUAUAGCAACAGUCACAGUAAUUGUGAAGGACAUGAAUGACUACCCUCCAGUGUUUAGCAAACGCAUCUACAAGGGGAUGGUGGCUCCAGAUGCGGUCAAGGGGACACCCAUCACCACCGUUUAUGCUGAAGACGCGGACCCACCUGGGAUGCCUGCAAGUCGGGUGAGGUAUCGAGUGGAUGAUGUGCAGUUUCCAUACCCAGCCAGUAUUUUUGAUGUAGAGGAAGAUUCUGGAAGAGUGAUAACCCGUGUCAAUCUUAAUGAAGAGCCUACAACGAUUUUUAAGCUGGUGGUUGUGGCUUUUGAUGAUGGUGAGCCUGUGAUGUCCAGUAGUGCCACCGUGAGAAUUCUUGUCUUACAUCCUGGAGAGAUCCCACGCUUCACCCAAGAGGAAUACAGGCCUCCUCCUGUGAGUGAGCUCGCUGCCCGAGGAACUGUAGUCGGUGUCAUUUCUGCAGCUGCUAUCAAUCAGAGCAUCGUGUACUCCAUUGUGGCCGGAAAUGAGGAAGAUAAGUUUGGAAUCAACAAUGUCACUGGGGUCAUCUAUGUGAAUUCCCCAUUGGAUUAUGAAACAAGGACCAGCUAUGUGCUCCGAGUGCAAGCAGAUUCUCUGGAAGUGGUUCUUGCCAAUCUCCGAGUCCCUUCAAAAAGCAAUACAGCUAAGGUGUACAUUGAGAUUCAGGAUGAAAACGAUCACCCCCCAGUGUUCCAGAAGAAAUUCUACAUUGGAGGUGUGUCUGAAGACGCAAGGAUGUUCACAUCUGUGCUCAGAGUGAAGGCCACUGACAGGGACACAGGAAAUUACAGCGCCAUGGCCUACAGACUCAUCAUACCGCCGAUUAAAGAAGGCAAAGAGGGGUUUGUGGUGGAAACAUACACAGGGCUCAUCAAGACAGCCAUGCUCUUCCACAAUAUGAGAAGAUCCUACUUCAAGUUUCAAGUGAUUGCGACUGACGACUACGGGAAGGGGUUGAGCGGGAAAGCGGACGUACUGGUCUCCGUGGUCAAUCAGCUGGAUAUGCAGGUCAUUGUCUCCAAUGUGCCCCCUACGUUAGUGGAAAAGAAGAUAGAAGACCUUACAGAGAUUUUGGAUCGCUAUGUUCAGGAGCAAAUUCCUGGUGCCAAGGUCGUGGUAGAGUCCAUAGGUGCCCGCCGCCACGGAGACGCCUUCUCCCUAGAAGACUAUAGCAAGUGUGACCUGACUGUCUAUGCCAUUGACCCUCAGACCAACAGAGCCAUCGACAGAAAUGAGCUUUUUAAGUUCCUGGACGGCAAACUGCUCGAUAUCAAUAAAGACUUCCAGCCUUAUUACGGGGAAGGAGGACGCAUCCUGGAGAUUCGGACUCCGGAAGCUGUGACGAGCAUCAAGAAGCGAGGAGAAAGCCUGGGGUACACAGAAGGGGCCUUGCUGGCCUUGGCCUUCAUCAUCAUCCUCUGCUGCAUCCCAGCCAUCUUGGUGGUCCUAGUGAGCUACCGACAACGCCAGGCUGAGUGCACGAAGACCGCAAGAAUUCAGUCUGCCAUGCCUGCAGCCAAGCCUGCUGCUCCUGUACCGGCUGCGCCACCGCCACCUCCGCCGCCACCACCACCAGGAGCACAUCUCUAUGAAGAGCUCGGAGAGAGCGCCAUGAAGGGAUAUGGGCAUGAAAAACAUCAACUGUUGAGACCUUCUCUUCUUAAACCGGAGGAGUUAUCCAUGGAAUCUGGGAUUGAUCCUGGCCAGGAAUAUGGACAAGAUUAUUACAGUUAUGAGCAUGGGUAUGAGAUGCCCCAAUAUGGCAGUCGCCGCCGACUGCUGCCACCUGCUGAACAGGAGGAGUACGGCGAAGUCAUUGGUGAAGCUGAAGAGGAGUAUGAAGAGGAAGAGUGGGCAAGAAAAAGAAUGAUCAAGUUGGUGGUCGAUCGGGAGUAUGAGAGCAGCUCCACCGGAGAAGACAGCGCUCCUGAGUCGCAGCGAAGCAGAACUCACAAGAGCAGUGGCCACAGCAACGGCAACGGCAACAUCUACAUUGCGCAGAAUGGUUCCGUGGUGAGAACGCGCCGUGCGUGCGUCGCUGAGAACUUGAAGGUGCCGUCCCCUGUGUUGCUUGGGAGGCGUCUGAAGAGAUUAGACAAGUUAGCAGGGACACAUGAGGAGAAUGUGCCCCUGAACACACUGUUCAAGGGGCCAUUUUCCACAGAGAAAGCAAAAAGAACCCCGACUCUGGUCACAUUUGCCCCGUGCCCUGUGGUAACUGAGCACUCGAAGCCAUCAGGGAUCAGGCUGAAAAACACAGCUGAGCAGGAAUCCAUGGUAGACAGUAGGCUCUCCCGAGAGUCGAUGGAAUUCCACGGUGACAACACGCCAUCAGAGGAGGAGGAGCUCUGGAUGGGUCCGUGGAACAGCCUCCACAUACCAAUGACAAAACUCUGACCAAUAAAAAAAACAACUUAGUUUUUACUUGUUUUUAAUGAACUCUGCUUUUUACUGUCACAAAAAUCAACAUAUGGGAUUUAUCACAUGCGCAAAACCUAACACUUUGAACGACCUGCUUUACAAUAAAAAUGAAAGAAAGAUAUCAUUUGUAUCAAUUAAUUGUUAGCCCCAGAAAAGCCUUUAUGGACAGACUGAAUUCACUAAAUAACAUCACUUCAAAGUCUAGUUGUUUGGUUGGAUCUUGAGUUAGUUUUCAUUGUAAAAAAAAAAAAAAAAAAAAAAAAAAAAAAAAAAAAAAAAACAAGGAAUAACUUAGUAGAACUCAUUUAUAUAUAUAUUUUUUGUUUAACAUAGAUUUACUCCAUUCCUAGAUUGACAGCACAUUUUUCCACACAUGUAAUUUUAUUUUCUAUGGGGUAAUGGAUUUUUAUAGGUGUGAGGUUUAUACAGCUUACUUUCUGUGCUGCACUGACUUUAUAAAGAAAAUAGGCUUACAAAGCAGCGGGUACAGGUGGGAAUCACUUGUAAGUUAUUUUUAAUCCUGAAGUUACUCUACAUAGUAUCCACAAUGUAGUUUUAAAGAUUUUUGAAGGGAUACUUUUGGCCAUAGGAAGAACAUUUGAGAUCAACACUUUUGUAAAAAAUAGAAAAAGAAAAAAAACAAAACAAACCCAUAAUUUACAAUUUUACCAGGUGCACACCCUAUAUGUGUCUGCACACAUCCUAUCCAUUCCACGUGUAGCAAAUAAUUUAACAACAUUUGCAAUUCAGUACCUAUUUGGAGCAACAGAUAAACCUCACUCUCAACAAAAGCUUAGUGAGGAGAGAGGAUCAAGUAGCUAAGAAUGUUUCUCAAACCCAUGCUCAGUGGCGAGGCAGAGAAGUGAAGUCUCGCCUAAUAUGACUAGACAGGAAUACCUUCUAAAAUCAGUAUACAAGGAUGUCAGGGUUACAGACUUAAUGUGUUAACCGCCUAUCUAUACAAUGUGACUAGACAGGAAUACCUUCUAAAAUCAGUAUACAAGGAUGUGUCAGGGUUACAGACUUAAUGUGUUAACCACCUAUCUAUACAAUGUGACUAGACAAGAAUACCUUCUAAAAUCAGUAUACAAGGAUGUGUCAGGGUUACAGACUUAAUGUGUUAACCGCCUAUCUAUACAAGCUGCUCCUCCACAGCUUCCUUGCACUGGAGCACCUACCUUCUCCUAGCCCUCCUUUCUUAUAGGGGAUUUUAGUGCACAUAUUUAUGUGCUACAGUCCAGAGCCAGAAAACGAUUGUCUGCAAAUUUGUUUUAAUCAAAGAACACCGUCUUCAUUUUCCACCUCUGAACAAAAACAGUGUUUACCAUUAAUAGAAACUAAAGAAAAUAACCUUUAAAGAACGCCUUGUGUGUUGCCUAAUCUGCAGUAUUUGAAAGGACGACCAAUGUAGGCUAAGGGACUUCAGAAUUUUAUUGACUAUGUCUUAGUGUGAUAUAGAUAUAUUUCACUUCAAAUUUUACAUUGUAUUGAGCGAGUUCAUAUUUCAACUAAAUUCCUUCAGGCAUGUUUAUCAUGUGGUUGAAGAACUGACUAGCCCAUUAUUAUUUAUAGCCUUUACGUGGUUCAAAUUUUAAAAUGAUUUUUGCAAUGUUAUUUUCUCAUUUGCAAGCUUACGGAAUUAUAUUUACCAACUCACCAAUUUCUGUGACUAGUGUGUUUUCAUUUCAGAUAUGUGAACAUACUUGGAAUAAUAUCCUGAAAUCUCAUUUGAUUGGGAAUUAAUUCCUUUUUAUACCCUUAGAAAACCCAUCAGCAUUAACAGUAAUGUUAGAAGUAUAGAGUCAUGUCCAUACCCGCGGGCUUAUUAACAAGGAUGCACAUCUUCACAGUAUCUAAGAUGGCUCGUAUCCAUACUUAAGUUUAUGAAGCAGUGAACACCCUUAGGCACCAAAGCAAUUUUUUGUUACAUAAAAUAUUUUAUAUAGAUCUCAAAUUAAGCAUUCACACUUCCCUACUAGCUCAGUCAUUGAUCACUAAAUAUAAUUUAAUAUUUUUAUGACAUUUUGUGGUAAUGAUUGCUAGCUCCCUCGGUAUUCUUUGUACAUGCAGAUCUGUACUUUUUCUUUUCUUUUCUUUUCUUUAGCUUCUGAAUGUAAAAUUUAACUUAUAUGUUGCUGCUCCUAUCAUAGCUGGGGUGUUUUUUUUCCUUUCAGCCAAGAUUAUUAUGUUCUGGUAAUGAAAUUUGUAGUGUUUUGCUUUGAUGAUUGCUAUUGAAAAAAAAAUAAACUUGAGAUGGGGUUAAGCUAGGAGAACUUCAUAAAAGCUGUGUGGAUCUCAGAAUUUUUCUGUGGCCACUGUUAAGAGAUGAGCAGAGUUCAGAAGAUUAGUGUUUUGCCGAAGGUUAAUGUCAUAACACGACAGAAAACACGGUGUUUUCAAGCUAAUACACAGUAAGACAAUACGCAGCGAUUAAAGUCCCAGAGGCCAUUCAUAUUUCUGCACUUAGGAGAUGAUCAUUUUGAUAUAAAUGAUCACGAAGCUAAUCUAUUUCUGGGGUGAGAUAAAGAUAAACAGCCUUGAUGUGGAACAACAAGAUCAAAUAUUUGGUUUGUAUAUUUGGAGGAAAGAGAAAGAACUAAGACUCUAGCUGAGUAAAUCUGGAUUAGCUGAAUCACUAGCCUCAAACAGGACUUUGAAUACCCUAUGAUAUAAGACUCAUGAUGACAACUGCAGAACACAGGGGAAAUGUGUAGGCAUGGUUAAUCUUAAAGAAGAAUUAACAUAGAUAGUAAUUA